AUGCAUGACUUCAUAAUUGUUGAGGACUCCGAGCUUUGGGACGUGAUUUGUGAUGGUCCCUUUGUCCCUAUGAAGACUGUUGGAGAGGGAAAAAGGACUAUUCCAAAAACAAAAAAAGAAUACAAUGGUGGUGACCGAAAAGCUGCUGAGAAGAACUUCAAGGCAAAGAAGAUUCUUGUGUGCGGUAUUGGACCAGACGAGUAUAAUCGUAUCUCGGCAUGUGAAUCUGCCAAGGAAAUCUGGGAAUCUCUUCAAAUGGUUCACGAGAGAACUACUCAGGUAAAGCAGUCCAAAAUAGAUAUGCUUACAACUGAGUAUGAACUCUUUAAAAUGAAAGAGGAUGAGUUCAUUCAAGAGAUGCAUACAUAUUUUACCUCCAUAAUUAAUGAUCUUUAUUUACUUGGUGAAAUCAUUCCAACCAACAAGCUGGUCUGGAAGAUACUCGGUGUUUUACUAGGUUCUUGGGAGAGCAAGGUUAAUGCUAUCACUGAAGCCAAAGACAUGCACAAGCUGAUUGUUGACGAGCUUAUUCGAAAUCUCAAAACAUAUGAGAUGAAGAGAAAGAAGGAUCUUAAAAGAAGAGAUCCCAAGUAG